AUGUAUAUUCCAAUCCCACCACAGCAUCGCCAUAACGACAGCGAAGAUCCAGACCUAGCCGUGAACGACUUCCUGGUGCCCUUCGUGGUGGCAUGUGCGAUGGUCAUGUUUCUCGUGGUCAUGCAAAUCUUCAUCGGCAUGCUCGUGCACUCAUGGGAGGUUAGACAAAGAUACCUAGAGCUCCGCCGCGUCGCCUCAUCAAGAUCGUCGCUCUCGUCGCUUUCGUCCUUCGAGCCGCUGCCUGCGUACUCAUUCAUAGAUCCCGAGACGGCGCCGUUGCUUGGCAGUCCUCCGCCGGAGUAUCACACCUUCCUUCAGCAGGACGAUCUCGACACACAAAACGAGGCAAGAGAUGAUUCUCGGGACACGACGGAGACUCCCGGCCAAUGGAGUACAAUCAGCUUGGAGUGA